AGCACGCGCCGCCGCAGUAGCAAGGCUUGAUCCGCGGGGAAGGAAGCUGCUGUAUAGAGUGCGAGCUUCGGGGGCAUACGGGCCGAACCCACAGCGGGUUGGUGCUUGGACCUCGGCCGCGGCGGCAGGUCCCUCCACGUGCUUUUGGCUGCAACAUGGAGCUGGAGGAGUUGGGGAUCCGAGAAGAAUGUGGCGUGUUCGGGUGCAUUGCCUCCGGAGAGUGGCCCACGCAGCUAGAUGUGCCGCAUGUGAUCACUCUGGGACUCGUGGGGCUGCAGCACCGGGGUCAGGAGAGUGCUGGCAUUGUCACCAGUGACGGUAACUCAGUGCCAACGUUCAAAACGCACAAGGGAAUGGGUCUUGUAAACCACGUCUUCACCGAAGACAAUUUGAAGAAAUUAUAUGUUUCCAAUCUUGGAAUUGGACAUACGAGGUACGCCACUACUGGAAACUGUGAAUUAGAAAAUUGUCAGCCCUUUGUCGUCGAAACACUUCACGGGAAAAUCGCUGUGGCACACAAUGGCGAAUUGGUAAAUGCUGCUCGGCUAAGGAAAAAGCUCCUGCGACAUGGCAUUGGUCUGUCCACAAGCUCUGACAGCGAGAUGAUCACCCAGUUACUGGCGUACACCCCUCCUCAGGAGCAAGAUGACAUCCCAGACUGGGUAGCGAGGAUUAAAAACUUAAUGAAGGAAGCACCCACGGCGUACUCCCUGCUCAUAAUGCACAGAGAUGUCAUUUACGCAGUAAGAGACCCUUACGGAAACCGUCCUCUGUGCAUCGGGCGGCUGAUCCCAGUGUCUGAUAUCAACGACAGAGAGAAAAAAUCAUCAGAAACAGAAGGAUGGGUUGUGUCUUCAGAAUCUUGUAGCUUUUUAUCUAUUGGUGCAAGAUAUUACCGUGAAGUGUUGCCUGGAGAAAUUGUGGAAAUAUCCAGGCAUAAUGUACGAACCCUUGAUACAAUAUCAAGGUCCGAAGGAAACCCAAUGGCUUUUUGUAUCUUUGAAUAUGUUUAUUUUGCAAGACCGGAUAGUAUGUUUGAAGACCAGAUGGUUUACACGGUAAGGUACCGGUGUGGCCAGCAGCUGGCCCUCGAAGCACCUGUGGACGCCGAUUUGGUCAGCACCGUCCCUGAGUCUGCCACCCCUGCUGCUCUUGGCUACGCCACAAAGUGUGGGCUUCCAUAUGUGGAGGUGCUGUGUAAGAACCGAUACGUAGGAAGAACCUUCAUUCAGCCAAACAUGAGAUUAAGGCAACUUGGUGUUGCCAAAAAGUUUGGAGUAUUGUCGGACAACUUUACAGGCAAAAGAAUUGUUCUUAUAGAUGAUUCAAUAGUGAGAGGGAAUACCAUCUCACCCAUCAUCAAAUUGCUUAAAGAAUCUGGGGCAAAAGAGGUGCACAUCCGAGUAGCUUCACCACCAAUUAGAUAUCCAUGCUUCAUGGGAAUAAACAUUCCCACCAAGGAAGAAUUGAUUGCCAAUAAACCAGAAUUUGAUCGCCUUGCAGAGUAUCUAGGAGCCAACAGUGUUGUGUAUCUGUCAGUUGAAGGACUGGUUUCCUCUGUACAAGUGACAAAAUUGAAAAAACAGAAAAUGGAAAACCAUGAUAUUAUUCAACAAAACGGAAAUGGCCUGAGAAGCUUUGAAAAGAAUGGUCAUUGUACAGCCUGCCUUACCGGAGAGUACCCUGUGGAACUGGAAUGGUAGCUGUGGGGCAGAUGUGAUGUAUGGAGAUUUUAAGUUGGUCAAGAAGUUAUAGUGGUUACACUGUAUCUAGUUACUGCUACUCAGUUGGUACAAUAUCAAAUGCCACAUGCUUACGUUUACCUUUAUUAUGAAUUUUGAGAUUCUUUUACUGAAAAGGGUACCAAAGUGCUAUAAUUGAACCUUGUGUAUUGUGUAUAAUCCAAAAAGAGGUGGUAUUCCUUUUUUAUAUAAGGAUCACCCAGCCUUUUUUACCUAGUCAGAGAAGGCAGGUGGUAAGUGGCAUUUGCCAAGUGUGCUUUAAAGGGUUUGCAAGAAGUUAGACUAAGAUAGGAGGUGCCAUGUUAACAGGACAGGUGAGACAAAUAAAACAUUUCUUGUGAAGUUUAAAUUCAUUAUGCCACAUAGGUGUGUACCAUCUACAGUUCUGGCUGUAGGUAGAACCUUGGCUUCCCUAUCUAACCUUAGACUGACCUUGAAAGAAUCAGAAACAACACCUGUCUUGUCACCCCUCAGUUUUCCCACUGGAGCAAUGGGUUACUUGUACUCGUCAAUAAAUUAAUUGAUGUGAA